UUUGAUUAACGCGCAGCCGGCCGGUGUUUGUGUGUUUGUGUUCGCUGUCUAAAGUCAUUUUACAUUCUCCUCCGCGUGUUUUCUGGACUUCAUAACAUUUUGCAUCGCAGUGAAGGAGACAGUGUUCAGAUAGAGAACAUGGGAACUACUUUUAUGGACUUUUUCUCGACCGGAGAAGUUGCGUUUGGAGGAGAAGGACAUAUGAUGAAACCGUACAUGACUUCAUUCAUUUUAAUAUGCUUUUUUUCUUCGGGUGUUGCUGCAAAAGGUUCCGAUGUGGUACAAGUGAAACCCGGAGAUGAUGUCACUCUGCCAUGUUCAGCUGGUGAUGGCUCCAUCAGAGCUGUAGAGUGGACCAGACCUGACCUGGAGUCAGAGUACGUCCUCUUUUACAGAGACGGACGCUCAGAUCCAACCCAGCAGCAUUCAACCUUUCGGGGUCGGGUGCAGCUGAUGGACGGCGAGCCGAAGGAUAGAAACGUGUCUUUAGUUCUCAAGAACGUGAACAGCAACGACAGUGGGACGUACGAGUGUCGAGUGUCCCUCGAAGUGUUGAGUCGUUCGAUGCGGGUUAAGAAAUCCCUCAUCGAGACUGAUCCGAUCGCCAGCGUCAGACUGGAGGUCGCCAACUCAAGGUCCAGGAACAUCGUGGUCGGAAGCCACACUCGUUUCGAUGUAGUAAAAGUGGAACCCAGAGACAAUGUCACUCUGGAGUGUCUCGCUGGGGAAGGCCUCAUCAAAGCUUUAGAGUGGACCAGAACCGACCUGAAGACAGAGUACGUCCUCUUUUACAUGAACGGACAGUUAGAACCAACCCAGCAGCAUUCAACCUUUCAGGGCCGGGCACAGCUGGUGGACGGCGAGCUGAAGGAUAGAAACGUGUCUUUACUUCUCAAGAACGUGAACGUCGACGACAGCGGGACGUACGAGUGUCGAGUCUUAUUCCGAGGUCCGACGCAGGUUAAGAAAACCCUCAUUGAUAAUGAUCCGAUCGCCAGCGUCAGACUGGAGGUCGCAGACUCAGCUUCAGGUCCCAAGAGCGUCGAGGUCGGGACCCUCACUCGGAUCGGACUGGCACUCGGUUUCAUUGUGCUUUGGCCUUGUUUAGCUGGAUUGGCUGUUUCCUGGAAAAUGAGGAGGACGCCAGAGCAGCCUGCACGUGGAUCAGGGUCAGAUCAGAUCCUGUGA